AUGCAUCUAUUUGACUUCGCUCCGGAACUCAUCGAGCUCAUAUUUGAGAACUUAGCAUAUUCUCGCAAAUUUAACCGAUUUAUGCGACUACGUCUCGUCAACUGUCAAUUUAGACACUUCGUUGACAAUGCCAUCUUUCGCCUCCGUCUUAUCGACAUCCAUUUGAUGGAUUUUCCUUGGAAACCAUUGACGUGUAGGUUCGACAAUUGGCGCGCCUUUAUCAUUGAGUAUUGGGCUUACCAAGCAUGGAUUGAAAAAGAGCCCUACUCAGCCCUUGGUCGCAUUCGACAUGCUGCCGUGACUAUCUCGAAGGAGAUUGGCGACAUGGAGCAGGCUAGUAUUCAUUCUCGUCUCAAAUCUCUGUGCUUUCUUACGCUCAGUAAUGGGGACGAAGCCUGUUUCACGAACCCUGAGUUCCUUUGCCCAGAGUCGCUACGCCGUCUCAAAUGCUCAGACGAAGAGCUAAAGGCGGACGUUUGUGUUGCAGCCGUGUACCUUGGUUGUCGACCAUAUAUUGAGAAACUCAUCUCACAGGGCUAUCAAUUCUCCACUGGGAAAGUAACCAAAGAUGUCUCCGGUGACGUCUUCGGUACAGCCUUUGAAGCAGCCACCUUCAAGGGUGAUGUAUCUAUGUUACGCCUUCUCAUGUCAUCUAAUCCGAACUGCAAUCUAAAUUCCGCUAUCCAGAAACACACUCUUCACUGGGCUGCAGUUCUUGGCUAUAAAGACGCUUUCGACUUCGCACUCGACAUCAAGCCCAUCGAUCCGACCGCAGAAGAGCGCGAAGACGGCCGCUGGCCCCGGAAAUACGACUGGGUUAAGGAAGCAAUAAUCAGCACGCGACAUCCGGAAAACUACGAGCGCGCUAUUUCUAUAUUUCCCAAGAGUCACCUAAUCCAUUCCGAUAAUCGUAUGGAUCUAUUAUGCCAGCUUCAUAGAAAAGCAAACAGUGGCCACGCAGAUAUGAUGCAGUAUCUCCUAAGUCAAGCCCCAUGGUCUAACCAAGAGGACCUAAUUAACGAGUUGGAAAACGAUUAUCACAUGCACGAACUACUACUAGUAGCCAUUAGGAGCGGGAAUGUAGAUGUUGUUAAAGUGCUUCUCGAUCAUAGAGCAGACCCGAACAAUUUUCCAUCUCACAAUACCCCGCUUAUGUAUGCGGCGCGACUGUCAAGGGUUACCAUGACUAGAAUGCUUCUUGAGGCCGGGGCGAAGGUUGACGAGGGCUACCCUCCACCUAUUGUCUUUGCUGUCUCUAACGAAAACAUGGCUAUGUUCCGCCUCCUACGUGAAUACGGCGCAAGGUUGGACACUCCAGAAACCGGAAAUUGGGCUAUGGCCGUGGCACAAUUGUACAAAUUAGAAUCCAUGAUAGAUGUACUCGUCCGAGAAGGUGUAGAAAGAGGCGCGAUCCUACGUCGUUGCGCCGAGUCUACAGAGUCAUACCAACGCCAAUACUACCUUCUACAUCGCGCUGCAGAAAGAGAAAGCAUUUGGCUGGAUGCGGUAGAUGAAUGGUAUGACUAA